UGUCUAUUCUGCACAAAUAGUUCUGUUCCACUGCACUGCUCUCCGUGGUAUCUGCGUGAGUGUACACGGACCCGUAUAAAUCAAAACCUCCUGACGAUUUAAAUUAUUUGUGUGAAGUGUAUAAAUUAUUCGUGAUAUAAACUCGCAUUCAUAUAUAGUGUACAUAGUAGCUGACAAGUUGCUUCAUAUUAAGUACAUGUCUGUCUGAACUUUCGGCCUGUUUGAUCAAAAUGCGACAGCAGACCCGGCGUGUAUUACAAGGGGUGGCAUUCUGCGUGUUGUUUGUGGGUGUGGCUGUGUUUAUGAGGGUGUUCUUUCAAUGGAAGGACUACAACACAACGCUGAGAGAAUAUAUCGGCAACCCAUCAUUGGUGUCGCAAGAAGGAACCGAAACCGACGAAAAGAUAAUAAAUCCUUCAAUAGAGAUGGCGACCACUGUAACUACUGACGUCACUACGUUGACGUCACCGGGUCAAGUGACCAAGUCAAGACCGCCAGUUUCGGCAACAACUAAAUCCCAGAAACCACAAAUAGAGGGCUUGACUAGUUCUGCUCCAACUUUAUCAAUUGUGGAAUUUUCAUCGUCGACACCCAUGCUUUCAACGCCAAGUUUGAAACAAAAGAGUGAUUCUCUCAAGGUCCCUGCGACGUCAACUUUUGAUAAAUCCGACAAACAGCCAACCGUUUCAAAAGAGAGGGUAAAUGACAGGCUGGACAAUGAAGACGAAAAGACCACUGCUCUCAAACAGGAUUCGGUGAAGUCCGUCGACCAGGUCAAGACUGUGAAAGGCGACACUGUACAAAAACCAGUCAAGCCUGGCCCCGACAUUGUCCAACCCGAACAGAAAGCAAUCAUUCAGAAAGCAACAAAAGAAGAGCUGGUCAAACCACCAGUAGUCCAGAAACCAGCCAAGGGGGACAGGCGACAGCCUAUCGCGCGCCAAACGCCUGUCAACGCUGCAACGACAAAAAAGCGUGCCCCAACUACUCGAAAGGGACCUAGAGACCUUUCAACUCAGCGCCAAACGCGUAGUCCUACGACUCCAGUCCCCACACCGUCCCACUUCGGUGUGAUUUUCGACGAGUUCCAUCCUCACUUUCAGUUUCAUGACGAUAACAUCCACAUGGUGGCGGAUCCCUCCAGUACGCGGGGCAAGGCAGGGGACUACGACGUGCUGGAGAGAGAUUAUUUCAGGUAUCUCGCUCGAAUUCAGUUUGACUGCCGUAGACGGGAACCAGCAGGAAAAGUCGACUACAUAGAUGACAGCUGGGAGCUGUGUCAAGAUCCGCCAUACGAUCUAGUCAAAGACAAGUGCUUGGUGUAUUCCUUCGGGAUCCAUGGCGAUUGGUCAUUUGACGAUUUCAUGCUCAACCAGGGAUGUACGGUUCACUCUUUUGAUUCUAGUAUGAAAUUUCCGGAAAAAGAACGAAUGCCUAACAACUGGUUUCAUUCGUUGGCGUUGUCAGGUGAAAACAACAGUAAACAGAAAACUGCCACACUAGGAGCUAUUAUGACAAAGUUGGGUGAGGAAAACAGGGUCUUAGACUACGUUAAAAUGGACCUAGAGGCAAAUCAUUGGGACGCCAUUCCUACUGCCAUUCAAGAAGGCAGCCUUAGUCGUGUUAAGCAACUGGGGAUAAAAUUCCAGGACAAACCAAGCCAAACAAGGGCAAGGAUGCUGGAAAUGCUUUAUAAGCAGGGCUUUCGUAUUUACUUCACAAAUUUCCAUCGGCGAAUUCAAUCUUCGCAGACUUUGAGGACUAUAUACGAGUGCCAGGAGGUGCAUUUUGUUAAUAUUAACUUUUUGAAGUUCGAUGAAGCUGAGCUCUAAAUGAGAGGAUUUUUAUUCUCCAGCGGUUUUCAAAGUCUCAACAAGGUUCCCAUCAUCAUUAUCAUUAAGUAUCUCUGUGUUUUCUGCACUUUUUGACUACGUGGAGACCAGGAGCAUUGUUGGAUCCCGGGAAGAGCACUACGGUCACGAGUCCCAUCCCCUCUUAGUUUCUUUAGUUUACUAAAGACAAAAUACCAUAACGAGGGAAAGAAAAUAAAAGCAAGUCUUCAUUCCAUCCAUGCACCCUAUAUAUAAAAGCGAGAUUGUUCAGUCUCCGUUUUACAUUUGUCUUGCUUUAUUCAGCUUUUUCUUUUCAUUUUUGCCUCUUCCCCGUUCUUACAUGUAGCAAAAACCCUGGGUCCUUCUGUGUGGUUUUGUCUGUUGUCUAUAAGAUU